UGAAACAAAUCGCAUGUGAUUUUCAGCCAGUCAUUUUGGCACCAGUGCCAUCGUAAGGGAAAAUAUGACACUGUAUCCCAUGCCUGCUGGAUACGACUGUCGACGGAAAGGAUGCCCGGUCUAGUUUCUGCUUGAGAAAUAUGAAAAAAAGACACGCUUAUCGUGUAAGUCUGGGAAAUGUAAUGUUUUUUGCACAUAGCCUCCGUGUAGUGGAUAUCGUGGGCGACGGUGCCACAAAGAUAUGUAUGAUUUCGCAGAGAUUUUGUUUGGAAUCUGUAGCUUUCACUGAAUAAAUAAACACAUUUCAGGAAGGAUUGAUGUAAGGGGCGGACUGGAUCCAAUAUCUUCACCACCUGUUACCAGAAAAUCAGCUCUUGUGAUUCCGGAUGUGAGUGGAACUGCUCAGGUCCAUUGGGCUCCCUCCCUAACCACCAUAAGUGUUGAGACAGUGCCUGGGCCACGCCAACCUCCACUUGCAGCAGCCCGUGCACCAGCCAGCCAUUGCCCUACGGCGGUCUAACACCAAGGAGAUCACAGGUCAGGCUCUGACACCAGCUCCAGGUGGAGGGCCUUUAUUCCCCCACAGCCAUGCCCAGGAAAACACCUUUGCCACGGGUAGGAUCCGUUCUCACUUGCCUGCUUAAUGGCUAGACCUCAACAGACAAAGAGCCGGGGGCUUUUCUACUGAGGGCAGUUUCCCUCACUGUACCAUAGCACAUGGAUUUCAAGACUUCAAAUGAAGAGAUAAAGACUGGGGUUUAUCUGCUGCAAGAUGGUAACGAGGAGCCUUUCAAUAUUCGACUGCACUUGGCUAAAGACAUUCUGACGAUUCAAGAGCAAGAUGUCAUCUGUGUGUCAGGAGAACCAUUUUAUUCAAGUGAGAGGACUGUAACGAUCCGAAGACAGACAAUUGGAGGUUUUGGUUUGAGCAUCAAGGGAGGCGCAGAGCACAAAAUCCCUGUUGUAAUAUCGAAAAUAUCAAAAGAGCAAAAGGCCGAACUGUCUGGGCUGCUGUUUAUUGGUGAUGGAAUCCUCCAUAUAAAUGGAAUAAAUGUUCGAAGCUAUCGCCACGAGGAAGUGGUGCAGGUGUUGCGAAACGCCGGAGAGGAAGUCACACUGACUGUCUCUUUCUUGAAGAAGACACCAGCUUUCCUGAAACUGCCCCUCUUUGAAGACUGCACUUGUGUCCCCAGUGACCAAAGCAGUGGAACGUCCUCCCCUCUGUGCGACAGUGGCUUACACUUGAACUACCAUCCUAAUAACACGGACACACUGUCCUGCUCAUCUUGGCCCACGUCCCCUGGGCUCCGCUGGGAGAAGAGGUGGGUGGACCUGCGCCUUAUCCCUCUCCUCCACUCCCGUCUGUCACAGCACAUUCCUGGCUCUGACGUCUGCAGGAAAAAUGCUUUUCAAGUCGUAGCCGUGGAUGGGGUUUGCAGUGGUGUCAUCACAUGUCCUACUGCUGAAGACUGCCUAGAUUGGCUCCAAGCAAUCGCAAGCAAUAUAUCAGCGCUCACCAAGCACAACGUGAAGAAGAUAAACAGAAACUUUCCAGUUAAUCAACAGAUUAUCUACAUGGGGUGGGUUGAUGAGAAGGAGCAGGACUCCGUUCAGGACCGAAUGUAUUCUCCUAAGUUCCUCGCCCUACGGGGCUCCUCACUCUUUAAGUUCUCAGCACCUCCUGUGACAACAUGGGACUGGACCAGGGCAGAGAAAAGCUUCUCUGUAUAUGAGAUUAUGUGUAAAAUUUUAAAGGACAGUGACCUAUUGGACAAGCGAAAGCACUGCUUCAGUGUCCAGACGGAGUGUGGAGAAGACCUGUUCUACAGCGUAGAGCUGGAGUGUGAGCUGCUCAUUUGGGAGAAGGCAUUUCAGAUGGCUACGUUCCUGGAGGUGGAGAGAAUACAGUGCAAAACAUAUGCUUGCAUCAUGGAGAGCCAUCUGAUGGGAUUGACCAUAGACUUCAGUAUGGGCUUUGUCUGUUUCGAUGCUGCUUCAAAGACUGACACGGAUAAAAAUGGAAAGAUACGGCCAAACAAAGCUAAACUUUGGGAAGGCAAGAGACACAGGAGGACAGAUAAAUAAAAAGAGAGAAGGUGAGGUGAUGGAGGAAAGAGAAAAAGCUGUUGCCAAGGAAAAGACUAGAAAUGUAGCCUAGACAUUUCAAUCAUACUCAGAUUUUCCUAGCUCAGCAGAAACUGAAGGUAUCACUAAUACAAUGAACUUCGGUGGAAACUGCUUCUCUAUGCUAAUAAGGAGAGUGGAUAGUCUGUGAAUCUGUGCAAAAGGGCUUUAUAGACAAAAAGUGUGCAAUGUGUGUUAAAUAUCAUUAUAAUUGCAUGUUCACAACUUUUCUAUAUUUAGGGGUAUAUUUAUUGAACAGGGAAUGAUGACAUUAGCUUUGUUCUUCAUGACAAAAAAUACUCAAAUAUCCAUUGCUAAAAUGUUGUGUAACCAGUGGGUAAUUGGUAUGUUUCUGUAAAGCUGUAUUAAAAAUAUAACUAGUCUUGAUGCAAUUACAAUGUUUUACCAUUCAAACUAUGCUGUAUGUUUUGUACUUUUUCUGCAUUGUGUUCAUUUUGAAAUUCUUAGCACAUGUUUAUGGAUGACAGUUUUUCUCCAGUCCAAAUCCCUUCCUUUCUGCCUGGAGUUCACUGGCCUCUUACCAAGAACUACUCCACCAGAAAACAUAAUGUGAACAAACAGGACACAGUGACAACUAUAUUGUUCGCUGUGUUUCUUGGCCUAAUUCCUACACAGUGAAUCAAAGGAUUUUUCUCCUCCCAGAGUCUCGCAGUGGGCUGGUAUACUAAUGACAGGCAGGGUAUUGUUUACCAGAACAAGUGUAAUGUAGAAUUCAUAUUUAAACUGCCAUUGUUAUACAAUGCACAUAGUGGAGAAUGUUUAAUAAUUGAAUCAGAUAGAAAGCCGGCCUUGGCUUAGGCACUCACAGGAUUCAUAUCUGUGUGGAGUCCCUAGAGCGAAAGUAUUGCCUCCUAUUGCAUGUUACUUAAUUUUCCUGUUUCUUAUGUGCACAUUCCUUUUUCAUGGCAUAUACAGUUUUAAUUCUAUUCAUGAACAAAAUUCAGACAGAAAGGGAUACACAGGGAAAAUGUAAAACCUAGUGUUGUCCAGGUUCACAUGAGGGUCCUUUGCAUUCUGGGAGGGGUCACUGGAGGUGUCAACCAUGUAGGAGAGGUCUUGUAGAGCUCAGUCUUGUUGAGGUUGAACUUAAUACUGUGUGCUGACUUUCAAGAAAGAUGUUCGAAGAGGAGAAGGAGAAAAGAGGGUCAUCUUUAAAGCAAUAAGAGGAAAACCCCAGAUAUGACAAGAGACAAAUGACUUGGUAAAUCAGGAGAAGAGCAGAGGGCCUAGAACAUAGCCCAGGAGGACACCAAUGGUAAAGGCCUGUGGAGCAGUAACUGAUCCUCUGCACAUCAUCUGGGUCUCUGUGGCCUGCCAGAUAGGAUGGAAAAGAGGAUCUGGAUCUGAUGAUUCACUGGGCUGAAGGCAGCAGACGAGUCAGCCUGGACGGUGUGAAGAGCCUCGGUGACACAGAAGGUGGUCUUGGUUGCGUGACCCUUCCUGUAGCCUGACCGGUUAGGAGCAAAGAGAUUGUUCUGCAAGCGAUAAUGACGAAGGUCGGAGCACUUAAGUGUUUCGGAAGGAAAAAUAAAGAAUGAUUACCUAUCAGGAUUUUGAGGUCAUAGGGGUCAAGAGUUGGUGUCUUGAAUAGGGAAGCAACUCUGGCCAUCUUGAAGUGAAAAGGGAUACUGUGGUCUGGGAUGAGAUAAGAGAGGAGAGGGAGAACAUUGCCAGGGAUGGUCUAGAGAAAUGAGCAGGGGAUAGGGUUGAGGGGUGGUUGUCAGGGAUGGUCUGGAGAAAUGAGCAGGGGAUCUGGUUGAGGGGUGGUUGUCAGGGAUGGUCUGGAGAAAUGAGCAGGGGAUCAGGUUGAGGGGUGGUUGUCAGGGAUGGUCUGGAGAAAUGAGCAGGGGAUCAGGUUGAGGGGUGGUUGUCAGGGAUGGUCUGGAGAAAUGAGCAGGGGAUCAGGUUGAGGGGUGGUUGUCAGGGAUGGUCUGGAGAAAUGAGCAGGGGAUCAGGUUGAGGGGUGGUUGUCAGGCCACCGGACAGCACUACUUGCAGGAUUUAAUUUGGAGAGUGCAGCAAAAAGAGAUUCAUGCAAAGAUUACUUCUUUGUGAAUGUAUGAUAGCGAAAAUUAUAGAUGGAUCAUUUUAAAGGGACUAAUUAGGAUCAAGUAGAUAAGAGCUAAUUAGUUUACCACAAAACAAGGUUCUUUCAGUUUGAGGAGGUAAACUUUAUUAACUAUCUCCAACUGUGUUUACUCCAUCCCCAUAUAUAGGCAGUGCUGUGGAGAUACAAAUUUUCCCAACUGAAAGGAUCAUCUGAUGAUGGGAAGAGCAAGAUCAAAUUUCUUUUUCAAAAUCAGGACA